GGAAGUGAAAAGAAAGAAAUGAAUUUCAAGUUAAAAAAUUGCAUUUAGUUUCAGUUUGGAGUUUGAAUGGAGUAUGAAAAGAGCAUAGAGGCUCGGAACUAUCUCAAGUUUGGAAUCGAUAUGGGUAGAUAAAGCAGUAAAGUUGCUUCUAGAUGCAGAAGACUUCUUGAUUCAGUAGUGAAUACUUGAGGAGGCUGUGGUGGAAAGAAAAGCUCUACUCAGGGAAGAGUUGAUUUCCAGAAAGAGGCAAAGUCCCUGAGCUGGCCAGUGGCUAGGAAGCCCUAAACAAUACCACAUAGUUGCAACAAGAGUUACAGCAGAGAAUAUUUCUUGCAUCGGGGCGAGGCUAGCCUUCUGAACUGUUUCCAGAGAUGGCUUAUUUUACUUUGCUUUUGGCUGUUCUUCAUGUGCACAAAGCAUGGUGUGAAGUGACCUUUUGGGACACAGCUGUUCAGCUCUCUGAGACUAUGACUCUGGAAUGUGUGUAUCCAAUGAUGGAUAACUUAACCCAGGUGGAAUGGACCAAGAUCAGUGGCACAGAGACUGUGAAAAUAAUUGUUUACAUCCCUAACUAUCGUAUGUAUAUAGAUCCCAACUACCUCCAUAGAGUGCACUUUCUGAACUCAUCAGUGGGGCUCCACAAUAUGAGUCUUUCCUUUUACAACGCCUCUGAAGCAGACAUUGGCACUUACUCCUGCUUGUUUAACACUUUCCCAAAUGGACUUUGGGAAAAGAAGAUAAAGGUGGUCCAGUCAGAUAGUUUUGAGAUAGCUGCAUCCUCAAAUGGCUACUUGUCUGCAGAACCUGGACAAAAUGUCACACUCAAUUGCCAGCUACCAAGGAACUGGCCAGUGCAACAAGUCAUGUGGGAAAAAGUCCAGCCCCAUCAGGUAGACAUCUUAGCUUCCUGUAACCUCUCUCAAGGGACAAGAUACACAUCAAAGUACCUAAGAACAACAUGGAGCAAGUGCAGCCAGGAGAGCCUGCAGAGUGUCAUCAUCCCCAAUGCCAUGGCCACCGACUCUGGACUUUACAGAUGCCAGUCUGAGGCUAGCACAGGAGAAAAGGAAACCUUUGUUGUAAGGCUGAUCAUAACUGAUGGUAGAACCAAUAAACAUUUUAUCCUUCCCAUUGCUGGAGGGUCAGUUUCACUGUUGCUUGUUAUCCUAAUUAUCAUCAUCAUCAUUUUUUAUAAUAGAAGGAGAAGGAGACAGGUGAGAACACCACUGAAAGAGCCCAGAGAUAAACAGAGUAAGGUAGCCACUAACUGUAGAAGUCCCACUUCUCCUAUCCACUCCAUAGAUGAUGAGAAAGAGGACAUUUAUGUGAACUAUCCAACCUUCUCUCGAAGACCCAAACCAAGAUUCUAAGCUGUUCUUCCAUCCAGAACACAUCAGUGAUGGCUUGUAUGGCAGGGGGUUUUAGCCAUCCUCUUUUUACCACCAGCAUCUACCUUGAUAAAAAAUUGAUUGAAUUUAUUUCAUUUGCUAUAGAGAAAUACUUAAUCACCUGGGAACAUUCUUAAUAGAGAUGCAUUAGAAAACCCGAAUCUAAUUAGCUGUCAUGUACAAGAAGACUUGUCCCAUUAUGCAACAAAACAGUCUAGAAAAGAUGAAACAUCACAAGGUGUUCUUGUAUUUGAAGUUAAUGGUGGGCAGAAGCUUGUCUCUGGAUCCUCCCUACAAGUGUUGGCUCCACUUGUAGAAUACUGAUCCAAUUCUCAUGAUGAUUCUCUCAGAUGCUCUCAUGAUGGUUGUCAGCGACCCUUGGUGGAAAGUUUAUUGGUCAAACACAAGAAACAAAGUUGAUUAUUCACUUAUUAGUAAGAAAAUGGCAUUACCAUAAAGGGUGAGAUGACUUACGUCAGUUAUGCAUUCUCCUAUAAAACAGGGGCGGCACUAAAGCAUUACUUGGGAAUUCUAACUAUUGUUAAAAAAAGGAUGAAAAGGACCUAGAAGCUGUGUUAUUCCUAACAAACAUCGACGACACAGACAUCACUCAUUAAUCAGCUAACAAGUGAGUAUGCUGCAAAGCCAGCAUAAUUCAAAGGAAUACAUGUAAAGGAAUAGCCAGGAAUGAGAUCGGUAUGAAAUUCUUCUCUUCCCUAAGUUGAUUCAUCUCCAAUUCAUAGAGAAUUCUUGCCAUCCACCAGGCCUAGUCUUCUAUAAAAUGAGAUGCUCCAAUAAGAAAUAAUGCUUUUGAUGUUUUUUUAACUUUUGAGAAUUAUUUUGGUGUGUAAGUUUGUGAGUUAAAAAACUUACAAAAUGAAUACAGGGAAAGAGAUCAGUGGGUAUAUGCAGUAGAAUACAGAAAGGUAGGCGUCUGAGAUUAGAGUUUGGAGAAUGUGGGGGAAGAGGAAAGGGUGUCACACAGAAAGUGACAUAUGAAAGAAAACCCAUGAAAACCCAUGCUUCAGAGUUUGGACAAGUCCAUCCCUACCAACACUGCUGUCAUUGAGGGAAUGCACCUGGCGUUCCAUUCUAGACAGAGGAAAAAAAAUUAGGAGUAUUUGUGAAACUAAAUAAAGUUAUAGUUAUCUCCAAACCAUGGUGUUCAUUAUCAAAUGAAAUGGUGUUCAGUAUCUGAAAGACCCAUUUCUGAUCGCUAAACAUAUUUAAAGGGUCACAAUCUUUAAAUCUUCAUUGCAGAAAUCUUCAUUUAAGUUUCUGGUUUGUAUAUGUUGUUGUAAACUUAAGUGAAACCAAAUCCAAAUGCUAAUGCUGUUACAGAGAUUCUAAACUGUAAUUCAUAGUUUUAAGCUAAUUAGUGGAUAUUACAUAUUUUAAGCUUAAAUACCAUGCAUGAUGAAUAGGCCAAUUGUUUUGCCAACUACAGAAAUUCAGAGGGAUAUAAAUGAAAAUGAACACUUCUUAGUUGUGCUUACAUAUUUAUUCAAGAAUGGUUAGCUCAGAUACUUAAUGUUUGUUUGAAGAUUAUUUUUGUGUUGUCUCUUUUUGUGAAAUGUUUCCAUAAACAGUGUACCAAAGUUGGAAGGCAAUUGACAGAAAAUAGUCAACAUUUGGAACCAUCAGAGAUUACAUGGCUAUAUGGCUCAGACUGCAUGGUGAAACAACAUAGUAUUGUUCGUAAAAUAAACUAACAUUUCAAUAAAUGUUAACGACAAUCAAAAUACUGCUUUCUAGAAUAUUUGGAUGACCAUUUUUUCAAUGGUUCAAUAAGUAAGAGGAAAUACUUUUAUAAUUGCACUAUAGGGAGAUAUAAAUAGCUACCUGAUGGUCAGCGAUUUCUAUGAAAAAUCACCUAAGUAGACCAAGAAAGCCUCCAAAACAUUGGGUGCUUGUCUCUGUUGCUGUGGGAACUUAUAUGCUGUUUUUUGAAAAAAAAAUCACUCCCUCAAGAUACAUUUACUCUGCCCAUUUUUCCUUUCUAUAUGUAGUUCCCUUGCAGAAUUUAGUAUUUACCAGGAACACUUGCUGCAAUGCCUGACCUCUGUUAUAUUGAGAAGAUGCUCAUUGUCUCUGAACAUUUUUACUAAAGAAAGCACUUUAAUUGCAAUCUUUGUAUCCUACACAAUUCACACACAUUUCUGGAAUGUGACCCCUCAAAUUUUUUUGUUCCUAUUGUGCUGAUUGGCAGGGUGAUCAAAACUGUGUCAAGAAAUAAAAGAUGAAGGUCCCCAAUGAAACACAAUUUUGUUUUUCCUGUUUUUUUUAGUAUUUGGUGCUUCUUUGGAGGCUAAAUGCUUUGCAGAGGUGUUUUACACACAUAAUGUAUAUCAGUAUAUAAUGCAGCACUAAGUGAAAUAUUCAUGCUUGCAUUAAAUACUGUAAUCCUAAUAUCUACAUUAAAGUAAACAAUGAGAAGAAGUUAAGUUUGAUUAAGGAUAGAAUACUUUCUUAGGCACUUAAUAACUAUGCAUUCACUAUGUUAUCCAAUUGAUAUUGAACUUUAUUUAAAUGACUUCAUGUUAGUGUUAAGAAAAUAGAAUAUAAUUUUCUCUUUUAUUCUUUUCUAUUUUUUUAUUACUGAGGAUUGAAGUCGGGCCUUUUAAAUGUCAGAAAAGUGCUCUACCACUGAGCUAGAACUCAAGAAUAUAAAUUUAAAGUUUAAUUAUUAUUAAGAUACUAUACAUUAAAUAUCAGUUUUAAAAGAUAUUUUUUUAACUUUUAACUUUAAAUUUUUUUAAAAUAAAAAACUAGAAGGCUUUCUUUUUAUUUUAAACAUGCAAUUUUUAUUAGUUUGAGUAUAGAACUCUACUAAAUGAAAAAUACCCUCAAGUUGGGUGGUCGUGGAACAAGCCUUUAAUUCCAGUACUUGGGAGGCAGAGGCAGGCAGAUCUCUAUGAGUUUGAGACUAGUCUGGUCUACAAGAACUAGUUCCAGGUUCCAGGACAGCCUCCAAAGCCACAGAGAAACCUUGUCUUGAACCCCCCCCCAAAAAAAAGAAAAAAAGAAAAACAAAACAAAAAACCCUCAUUACAACAAUCUUGUAAAUUAGGAAAGUCCACAUUAUAGAGAUCAGUUUACAUAGUUUUUUUUCUGUGUUCAAAGCACUAACAAUGUUGUAGAUGCUGUUAGAAAAUAACUUAUUUGGGGCUAUAGACAAUACUUGUCUGAUCUAAUUUGUCGCUUCUUGUCCCUGCUAUAAUCAUAUGUUCUGUGACUAUCCUAUUUAGAACAUUUCUAGUUUUACUUCCCAGUAUCUGAGACUCUGGAUUUUUAGCCAUCAAGCAUUUCUUUCUCUGGAUGUACUGCAACCCAAUGUUCUGAAUGAAUAAAAUACAGUUCUCAAUUA